UGUUCAGUUCAUAGAAGUGUAUAUUAUAAUGUAAAGAUUGUAAAUGUAAAGUACCCGAUAAAUCUUGUUUAAUUAGUAGAGAAAUUGAAUUAUCUCAUUUGGAAUGCAGUUCAAAGAAUAUUAUCUAAUGAAAAAUUACGUAAACCAUUAAUCGCUCGAAAUGAAAUUUGACCUUAUCGUAUAAAAUAUAAUAUAAUAUUAAAAAAAAAAAAACGAAUAACGACGAGACACGAGUAAUAACUAUAAUCGAUCGAGUAAUCGAUACUCUGAAGAUUGUCAAGGAUUGUAAUAAUUUAAAUAUUUAUAAUUUAUACGCUAUACAUUACUGUUAGUAAUCGCUUUUUUAACGUCAAACAAGACUUGUUCGAUGUACUUUUUUUGAUAUUUUUUUAUAAAACGGGUUAUUGGACAUUUAAACGGACGGAAACGUAACAUUGGAGUUCCGUUACACGGUCAAAUAUUUUAAUCAUCUGUUGUAUAAAAUCAUAUCAAAUAUAUUGCCUACACGGAGUUCAAUAAAAAUAUCAAGCUUGUUAUGGUAUUUGACCGCGUAGGUACUUAUCAAACACCUUCAUCGAUAAUUUUAUAAAAAUAAAAGGUAGAAUAUUAACGUAACGUUGUCCGUUGUCCCCGUAGGGCAUAGAGGUCUACGUAUUAGACCUUAUAAUAUUACGAACUAUAAUAAUAUUAGUGAUAAGUACGGCGAGUACGGUUCAAUAGUUGUUGCCGCCGCCGAUUAGGGUUUGUCAGCACAGAGUUCUCAAUGUUCGACAUCAAAUAUAAAAAUAAAUACCGUUGUGCAAUUAUUCGGCAAUCCGCAGUACCCGUUCAGUUGCCACCGUCGUCGUCGUCGCGUUGAUAACGGUACGGCGCCGCCGUGAUAACACGAGCACACCGCCUCCAAACAACAACACCACCACCACCCGUUAUCGCGUCCGGACAACAACGUCGACGGUGAAAUUCCGUCUAUUUCGUUACGGAUUACGAGUGUCGACAGCGUUCGGUGUGGUUUCAUUAUUUCGAUUACCGUUUGCUUGUUCGUUCCGAUGCCUCUGUAAACGUCACGUCGACGGAGAGGCGGACGAGCGGGUCCGUUUUGUGAGACCGCGUCGCGUGCACUACACGUCCGUCCGAGUGUGGUUCGCGAUCAGACGAAAGCAUAGAGCGACGACCGUGAGCUUUGUCCGCGACGAGUACGACGAAUCCAUCGUCGAGCUGUGUACGACCCCUCGUCGGAGGUGUCUGCCAUGUGUGACGACUCGAUCGGCCCUAUUCCUACACGAAAAAAAUUGUAAACUAGUUAAUUCAGUGGUUUCGCUUGAAAGUUGAUAUUGACAAAGUGAAUGAUGAUUAAUGUUUGAUGAAUUUGAAGUUUUAAAGCUUUUAAUUUCAGGUAUUCUGAAAUAUAGAUUACUAUAGCUACAGUGAUUUGAUAUUUGCCUGUCUCAAUAAUGGAUCCUGGACGACCACAGCAACCGGAUAAAAAGCAGCUGCUACAACAACAGCAACUUUUGUUGCAAAAACAAUUACAACAGCAACAGCAACACCAGCAGUUAUUAAAACAACAACAGCAGCAACAGCUAAAUCUCCAACAGCAGCAAUUAAAUCUCCAACAGCAGCAAUUAAAGCAACAACAGCAGCUGCUCUUACAAACACAAUCGAAUUCUCAACAACAACAACAGUUAUUACAAACACAACCACAGUAUUUGCAGCAACAGUUAUCGUCAAACCAACAACAGCUAUUAAUACGGAAUCAGGAUUUUUUGAAACAACGGGGUAUGCAGCAAGGUAAUUUGAACCAGCCGCAGCAUCUAGAACAUCAGAAAAAACAAGAACCAACUAUUAUAGAUAUCAUACAACUUAACGAUAGCGAUGAAGAAAAAAACCCAGAAGAGAGCCUUACUGUACAUCGACAACAAGCUAUUCAACAACAGCAACAAUCUAGUUUACAGCGACAACAGCAGCUGCAACAGCUACAAACACAACUAGCGCAACAGUCUCAACUUAGUCACCAACCACAACAUCAACAGCAACCGCAAUUUGUACAACAAUCGCAGCAACAGUUUCAAAAUGUGCAGCAAUUACAAAAUGUGUCGCAACUACAAAAUUCGCAACAACUACAGACAGUACAACAACCUCAACUGAUAACACAACCACAGAUUGUACAAAAAUCUCAAGUUGAACGUCAACCUCAAACUGUAAGACAAUUGCAGACUGUUCAGAAACCUAAUUCAUUACAACAACCGCAGAUUAUACAGCAACAAAAUAAUCAGUAUUCUCCGGUGUCUACUCAACAGCAAUCUAAAAAACAGCCUCCUCCUCAUUCGCAACAACUACUUCAGCAGCAGUUACAACAGUUACUAAUAAAGAAUAAAAAUUAUCCACAACGUAUUGUUGUUUUGGGUAAUCAACAGCAACAACAACAGUUGUCACCACAACAAUCGCAGCGCAUGGUUACUAACAACGGAACUGGCCAGCAAUCCCAACAGAUGCAACGUGUUGUGGUAACAAGUACUGGCCAACAAACUCAACAGAUGCAACGAGUGGUAGUUACAGGAACCGGUCAACAACAACAGCAACAACAAAUUCAACGUAUCGUUGUCGGAAGUAAUGGCCAACAACAGCCACAACAAGUGCAACGUGUCGUUGUUCCCACUACUGUACAACAUCAACAGAUGCAGCGUGUUGUUGUUACUAGCACUAGUCAGCAAAUACAACAACAGCAAUUACAACAUGUUGUUAUUCCAAAUGUUAGUCAACAACAGUCACAUCAGAUACAAAACGUGGCUAGCCAAACAUCUAUCCAACAACAAGUUCAACGUAUUGUUACUUCCACUUCAGGCCAACAACAACAGCAGCCUGCGCAACAAAAUCAACCAUUGCCACAACGUAUUGUUAUUGGUCAACUUAAAACAUCGCAGCAGACACAGCAAAUGCAAUCGCCGUCACAAAAUGGAGUAGUUCUUAAUCAGCAGGUGAUGCCACGACAGCAGCAGCAACGUGUCGUCAUUUCAGGCCAACAACAAAUUUUAAAAUUAACGAACCAGCAACAAUCUCAACAGCAAAUCACACUUCAAAAACAGAUGACACAUAAGUUAUUGCAGCCCACACAACAACAACAACAACAACAACAGCAGCAGCAAGAUGUAGUAAAAACCCAGUUGCAACAAUUAGACGUAGUAAAAAAUCUAAGUCAGCAACAAGAUGUUGUAAAAAAACAACAACUGGACGUGGUAAAAAACCAAUAUCAACAAGAUGUAGUAAAAAAACAACUGCAACAAGUGCCAAAUCAACAAUUAUCGAUAAGUGCUGCUGUGUCUCUAACGCAGCAACAAAAAAAUAACCUAAACUUAUCUAAUGAAAAUUUGGCAAAAGAGCUACAUAUAAAACAAUCCCAUCAACAAUUACAACAAUUACACAUACAACCAUCCCAAAAAAACUCACAGGAACAAAUAAAUAGGCAGCUACAACAACAAAAACUUAAACAAAAGAAAGAAAUAGAUGAUUUACAAAAUCAAUUGAAACAAUCUCAGCGAAGUGGUGUUAUAGUAGGACAGUUACAACAACCAGAAAAACCAGAACCAGAAAAGUUGAAAAAGCAAUUUGAAAUACAGAAACAACAGCGACAAAAACUACAAGAACGCCUUUUACUGCAACAACAACAGCAGCAACAAAAAAAACUCAAAGAACAACAAUUGAUACAGAAGCAUCAACAACAGCUCCGUGAACAAGUUUUAUUACAGCAACAUCUUAAACAACAGCAACAGCAACAAUUACAGCAAAAAUUAUUACUCAGACAACAGACAUCUUCAGAAAACCGUAUAUCAUUAGUUGUAGAUGAAGACAUAGAUCAAAAAAUACAAGAUGAAGAAAAAAUUAUCAACUGCUAUGAAAAGUCAACGGAACCAGAGUCUUUGCGGUGUAUAGAAAAGGUCACUGCUGCUGAGAAAACGUCUCAAAUUGGUAUAAAACGAAAGAAUAACGAAAAUAUACCAGUUAGCGAAAAGAAUUUAUUAUUAUUAUCAUCAUCAUCAUCUGAUGAUGAUGAUGACUCUAUUCGUAAACAACGAAAUUUGCUACGUGAAGCUGAACGUCUCGUUCAGGAACGGUACGACGCUUUGACGGUUGUUUUAGGGUCCAAGUAUCAGGCGCAGUAUGAUGAGAUUUUAAGAAACUGGCUUGCUAGUCGAUUAUCACGUGAAGAAUUCGACCAUGAGAUUCGUAAGGUGAUGUAUGUUUCUUGGAUGGCUACGAUGAAAAAAGUGGAUGGUGAUAACAAUUGCAAAAGUGCAUCUAAUAAAAGCAACAAUACUUCGAGUUCGAAAAAAACAGCUAAAAAAUCCACCACUUCUAAGGUGAAAGAAGACAUUACCUCCUCACUUAAUACAACAGUGCAAAAAUCACCAACGUUAAAAAAAAUGACAGAAGAAAACAAAGAAUUACAUAUUAAUAUUGAAAGUAAAGAGGCUAAAGCCAUUUUAGCAGAACGAGUUCCAUUGCAUAAUGCAUUAAUCACCAGUUUAAUAAUGUGGUUACCACUUAAUUGCCAGUGGUUAGAACAGCGUAAGGCACGUGCCCAAGGUGUUUCCGAGACUGGGUGCCCAUUACGAUUGUACACAUAUGCAGAUGUGCCACAAGUUCGUGGCUCAAGUGACCAUUGGUUCCCAAAUCUACCAGGAAGCUUGGCCCGAUGGUAUUGGCCAAAUCAUUUAUCGUGCAAAUCUUCAUUAAUAAAUGAAAAAUCAAUUAACGAACAGGAGAAAAAAGAAGCUGCAGAUGCUCUAGCUACGGCUGUUUUAUUGAAGCCACCAUCGUGCAAAUUGCUCCCAUUGCUGAUGGAAAUUGCUGAAAACACAGUAAAAGUGCAAAGAGCAAGACAAAAACAGUAUCAGAAGAGGUAUCCAAAGACACAAAACGUUAAAGUUAUGAAAAGAUUACAAUGGCAACGACUACAAGAACAAAAACGCUUAGCUACUAUGGUUCGAUUACGGGACGGAUGUUCAAAACUAUUGCGUGAACUCAAAAUGCGUCUUCGAUAUCUUGCCAUUCAAGAAGGCCGACUUAUAGAACGGUUGCGUCGGCUGCAGAUUCGUAUGUCGCAACGACGGCGACGAGUGUUGGCACAAUUUGAAAUUAGAGAGAAGGACCUAAAAUCUCGGAUACGUAAGUUUUUUGGUAAGUCACACCCAGAACAAUCAAAUAAUGAUUCCCAAGAGCACCUAUAUUCAGCUGAUUCAAGUAAUGAAGAUAAUGAACCAGAUGACGAUGAAACAGAUGAAGAGCCUCAUCAUAAUACUCUCAAACAGCGUUGGAAAAAAGUUCAUUUACAGAAAAAAAAUUAUGGGAAAAAAAAGCCAUUAAAUAUUACGAAUGCUGAACAUCAAUCUAGACCAAAUUUUCAAGGUAAAUGUCCACAACCAACGGCCUUGACGAUACGAUUAUUACGUGACAGACAACGAUUCUUGACAACCACUCGAUUGCUACAAGUAACAAAACAGGAGCGCUUACAAGUUAGUAGUUAUGCCGACUAUCUGCGAGAGGUCAGAAAUAAGAAUUGCCCGUGCGGAGAGUUUGAUGACAAACCAUGUCAAUAUCGAAGGCAAAUCCGUCAAUUACGAAAAAAGAUAAGAGUCCGUGAAUUAGCUGAAAUUAAGAAAGAAAUAGAUAGAGAACUAGUAAAAAAAGCCCCAGAAAAAGAAAAGGUAGAUUCCAAACUAUUACAAAAGAAACCAUCUAUAGUCAUUCAAAAGAAAAAGGCAGAAAAUCAAAAGAAAAAAGUUGUGACAAAAUCAUCCAAGAAAACGAAAUCAGCGGUGAUUAAGGAAAAUGUUAAUGUAGAAGCAGAGCAAAAGAAAAGUAUAACUGCCAAAGACACCAAUAUAGAUAAUAUAUCUACGAAAACUAAUACAACUUCUAACAAUAAUAUUUCAAACAAAACGACAUCCUUGGUUACCUUUAAUACAAAAAAUGUAGAAAUUAAAGCAAGACAAACUUUGGACAAUUUAGACCAAGUAAAUAAAGGAAAACAUAAUACAGGAAUCAAUUGUGCAACAUUCGAAACACAAACUCGAGUAAAUAAUUUGGGUAAUACAAGAAGUUGGAUAAGACCUUCGCAUUCAAAGGAUAAAAGAAGUGUAGUGAAUGUAGCUGAUGCUGCUGCUCGUGCGGCACAAGCUGCAUUAGCUGCAUCAAAGAAAACUCAGCUCAGAAAAACUAGAGCGGCAGCAGCUGCCGCUGCCGCCGCUGCUGCUGCCGCUGCUGUCACUACUGCUGCUGCCGCUACUACCACCACUACAGUUACUGUGACCUCUGGUAAAGUCGACGACGAUCCGCGAGCAAGUGAACUUAUGCCGCCUCCGCCACCUCCGCCUCUACCAAAAACGUCUACUCCAAGAAACCCUACAAUUGGAGCUCGAUACUUACAGCAACAGAAAUUUUUGUUGGAUCGACACAGACAGCUGGAACGCAUUCGACGUGAUGAAGAAGAACGACGGCAACGAGCCCAAGAAGAACAUCGGCGACAAAAUCAGGAGUAUUCUAAUUGGGAAGACGAAACAAGCAUGAAAACAGCUGACGUAUCUUCGCAGUAUUUACCAUUUUCCCAACGAAUGCCAUCUAAGCGACAAAAAGAUCCAGUAGGUACCGUAAGUCGAGACACUAAUAGCAAAGAGCAAGAAGAAUUUGGUAACCUAAAUUCCAGAAAAUCUAAAAACGAAGAAGAUAGACGAAAACUGAACGAUUAUUAUUAUUAUUAUUAUGGUGGUGAUGAUUAUUAUUCAUCGGACGAAGAGUCUUCUGAAUCAUCGUAUAUCGAACCUCCAUUUCCUCCGCUUUUACAUGACCUUCGUAUAGACCAGUUACCUCGGCCUAUGAAUCGGAUACCACCGGCGGCCGUUCUUCCUCCUGGUGUUCGAUCUCGAAUGCAGCCAUUACAUUCAACAUAUUCAAAAAACCAGGACGUUGAAUCACGUGCUUCUUACAGUAAUUCUGAAGUUGAAAACUUACAAAAACACAAAUUUAUGGAGACUGAACAUGUACAAAAUAUUUAUAAACCUAUUCAAAAAGAAUCCUUUGACCGUACCAUGGAAUUUAGUAUGAGUUUAAAUCCGCUCAAAAAGACUGAUAAAAACAAGAUUUCUGAGUCAGCCGAUUCUUCGUUUGGUAAAGAUUUACCCAUAACAAUAAAAAAUAAACCGAAUAAAGGUUUACAGACUGAAGAUAUAGAACAUCAGGGACAGCAUCAGUUGCAACAAGGAAGAAUUAACAAUUCUAAAAUAUCAUCAGCACAACGAAAAGACCGUCAAAAUGUAGAAAAAUUGCUGGGAUCUAAGAAGAUGUUAGAACAAGGUCGACAAGGACGAAAAGAGGAUCCAAAACCAAUAAUGAAGACGAUCCAGUGGCCGGAUUGGUCAAAAGAAGAUUUAAAUCAAGUGACAAUUACUUCGGUUACAAAAACAAAUUCGUGUACCAGCGAACAAAUAAAAAACCAUCCUUGUCAAUCUCAACAUCGAAAUUCUUCAAAUAAAAUUACGAGAUAUCCGUCAAAUAAAAGUCAAGAACUAGUCACUAGAGUGGAUAUUGAAGAAUUGCGAUCGGUGCAGUGGAAAGCGCCGUUGACACAGUGGAAUAAACGACCUAUUGCGUACGAAGCUGCUAUCAAACAGAUUUAUCCGAUGCAAAGCAAAGAGAAAGACAUACAGCAUUCAAUGAUUGAAAAUGUAGUCACAUGCACAUCGGCCAAAUUUGAAGUUUCAAAUCAUCACUUAAACGAUCAGCAAGAGAAGUUGCGAUCUGAAAUUGAGCGACAAAAACGUGAGCGUAUUAAGCUACAAGAUAUGGUAUUUGAAUAUCAAAAACUUGUAGAUACUUUACCCUCAAAUGAACAAUUACAACAUAUGAUCCGAUUGAAACAGCACCUUCGGCCUUCAGGAAAUACGUUUGAAAAAACUUCUGUCAAGUGUAAUCCGUCGACAGAGCAACAGAAACUAACCCUAGCAUCAAUGAACAAUGUUUGUAUAUUACGAAAUGAUUCGUCUUCCUUUAUAUAUACUUCUGGUGAUGAUCAAGAACCAUCAGUUUUGAAACGAAUAGGUAAUCUGUUGUUAAAAAUUAAACAUCAGCAGGAAGAAAUGUACCGAAAGGUUGAUCUUAAUGACGAAAUUAAGAUAUCUAGUUCUCAAGUAGUUUCCAAUAAACUUAAUGUUAAUACUUUGGUACAAAAUGAUCUAAAAAAUUGGUGUGACCUGUGGCCCGCAUACCAAGACAAGCCAAUUCAUGAAGAACUAAUGGAUGACGAACAAAGGUUACGCCGGACUCAAGAAUUGAUCGAUCAAUACUAUUCCACUAAUACCAACAAAAAAAUGGUACGUUCGUUGGAUCAACAAAAACGAAGGCUUGGAAAGUAUGGACGAGAACGACUUGAACGAGAGCUACCCGAGUAUCAACAAUUCCGAACAAUGCAAUCGGAAACGUCAGCUAAACCAAAUCUUACUGAACCAAAAAUAACUCAAAAAUCACAAAAUCUUCAGUGUACUCAACAACAAUUGUCCGAACGACAAAAUUGUCUAGAACAAUAUAAGCGACUUGGACGAAUUGAGCAAUUGGAACAACAAAAACACCUUUUAGGACAUAAUCAACAAUUGAACGAAACAAAAAUCCAAAACAAACAGCAUCAAGAUCCUAGUUGCACAUUAAUUCAACAGAAGCAGUCUCAGUACUGUUGGACCGUCAGUAAAUUUCGAGUAUCAUCUACACUAUGCUAUGACGAACAACUUUCACUGCAUGAACAAUUGAUGCGUAGAAUCAUGAAAAAGAAAAACAUUCAGAUAUUAGAAAAACAUCAGCCACAGCAGAAGCGUCCCAAAUCCACUGAGAUUCCUGAUACUGUGAUUAGACCCAAGAUAAUAAUGCCCAAAAAUACAUCUAAUAUAAGUACAAUGAGGGAAAUGAGUAGAGGAUCUCAACUUUGGUGGAUGAACAUAGGUUUGCAGAGGCAAAUAUCACCGUUAGUCACGGGCAGCGAAAAUCAAGGCGACUUAGAACUAACACCGCUAGCGAUGAUGCCAAUCGGCAAUCAACCGCAAAUGACUAGACCACAAACAGCCACAACAGUAGCAUCUAUCGUGGACAUAAAUCAGAAACGGAAUGCAAUAUUUUCUAAUAAAACGAAACUAAAGAAGUGGUUAACACCACAUUUAUUAAAGAUGAUGACAAAUGUUGAAGAAAGGUGGUUGGAGCAGUUGCAAACAAAGAUAUCUCAGCUUGACCAACAAGUAAGUUUACAUUGGAAAACCAUGAAAGAAAAGCAGGAACAACAAGUGAAAUUAUUACUGAAUUAUGACAAACAACUGCAAUGGGAAAAAGAAAAGAAACGUAUAGAACGUGAAAAACGGAUACAGCAGCUAAAGAAACGAAAACCGUUUCAAGCUUUGCCUGUACAUCAUCAGCAAUCACAUGCAUCACGGGCGGUUGGAAACAUACGACAACAACAAUCGGAAAUACCUAUAAUUGUUAUCGAUGACGAUGAUGAGCCGUUGAUUGAUGCGAUACUUGAUGCCCCAAAACGGGACUCAAAUACACAUCCUGUGUUCAUAAAUGAUGACCUAUUAAAACAAGAAUUGGAAACAAAAGUAUUUUAUGAGGAUCAGUACAAGGGAAUCAGUAAUCGAUGGAAGCAAUUGGAAGUCAUACGUAAAGCACACCAACAGCAAUGGAAAUCUAAGCUGAAAAUGUUAUUUUCAUAUAAGGAAACAAAUAAACAAUUUUGUUGCAAACUUAAUGAGCGUUUUAUGAGAACUAUAAAGGAUCCAAAUUUAAUUAUUGCUCUGGAGCAGCUUAACGGAGGUCCGUUGAAACAUACGGAACAACAACAAAUGCGCCCAUCUGAAUUAUGUUCUAUGCAAGUACAACCAAGAGUGUUACACCAGCAACAAGUAGCAUCGCGAAACCAAAAACGACGCCAUCCAAACAAACAAGGAGAACACAAAUUUAAAAAACAAAAUAUGAACCAUUCCAAUAAAAACCAACAGAAAAAAUCCAAUAAAAAUCAAGAAUUAAGCAGUACUUGUCAAAUACGUAGUAAACGAAGAAAUCAACUAAUAAAACAAAACAAACAACUCCGAAAUGAUCAAAUGAUUACAAAAGUCAAGUCACCAGCAUUGAAUUCAAGACACAUAUCCUUGCUACGAAACAGAAUACUUAAUGUCCACUCGAAUCGCAAUAAGCGACUCCGGAAGCAAAAUCAGCGAUGCGUGUCUAAAACGGAUGUUAGCCUUGUUGACUCAGAAAAUCGAAUUCAGCAAUAUGAAGGAGUAAAUAAAUCCAUGAAGUUGAUUCUUAGGACAUUGACGUAUUCGCUACAUAAUCAACGGUCUGCAUUGCAACGUCAACUGGAUAGACUAAACGAAAAUCAUGUAGACACAAAUGCCAAACAAUUAGUACCUACAAUUUCAAAAACAUUAAUGAUGUCUAUUCAACAUCCUACCAUAACUUCAAUGAUAUUGCCACCAUUACAACCAUCAACCAUAAAACAACAAUCUUUAAUUUCUACUGUUACGUUAAGCCCGCAACGACCAUUAACUUCUAUAGAACAAUGUUCAACGUCUCCAGUAAUAUUAAUACCACAACUACCGAUGCAAUCGAAUGAAUCAUCUUCGUCAACACCAGCACUGCUCCAAUCAUGUCAACAAAAUCAACUGGUGGAAAAUAAACGACAGGCUAUGAAACAACGGCUUAAUCAAAUACACAGUAAACUAAAACCUUUGAUGGAAAUGUGGCAGCUCUCACUUCGGAUGCCUACACGUUGGUUGUGGCAACAAUUAAAUGAUAUCGAGCAGUUAAGGCGAAAAGAAUUUUCAGUUAAAUCCAUGUUAGACUUGGGAUGUUUGAAUGGCCGACAGCAAAAAAAACAACAAAUACUUCAAAAUAAUGAAGUUUCAGUAGUGAUGACUUCAACUACUAUGACUCAGUAUUCUUUACAACAGCUUCAACGAAUCCGUGAUCAUCUGAAUUGGCGACAACAACGAUUGCGUGAUCUAAUUGAAGAUUUUCUGAUUUUGAUUUGUCCAGAACAACAUCCCAUGUUAUCUGAGACAAGCCAGCAACCUUCAACUUCUUCCGUCUUAAUCAAACUACAGCAACAUCCGCCGAUGACAGAACAAAUAAAUUCAGCAUACUCAGCGUUAUUAAAUUUGCAAUGUCCAUCAUCGUUAAAACAAACGCAACAACAAUUUUCGAGCUAUUCAUUAUUACUUAAACUAAAACAACCGCUAAUUGCCAAUCAGCAGUCAUUAAUGUAUUCAACAUUACUGAAACUUCAGCAACCACCUAUAUUAAAACAAUCUUCAUGUUCUCCAUUGAUGAUAACUACACAGCAAGAGCCAACUGCUUUGAUUUCAAAUAAUCUAACACUGUGCCCUACGAUCAGUACUAACAAAGACAUACACUACACUAAUAACCAAAUACAGGAAAAAAAACAGCUCAGUACUAAAAGAAAUGAAACUAAUAAUUCUUUGAAAAGAGUUCAAUUAAUUACUGAAGGUAGGCCAAUGUCAUCGAUUAACGUAAGUUAUGUACCAUUUGCCUCGUAUUCACCUGAUCAAGACAAACCCAUUGGCAAACUUAUUCCUACCAUUGAAAUUUUGGAUUCUGAUGAAGACGUGGAAAUAAUAGACUCUGAUUCUAGCACCGAGUCAUCGAACGAAGCUAGCUUUGGUGUGCAAGUUUCAGAAAAAUCACCCUUAACCAUUAAAAUUAUAAAAAAUAAACCACUUUCGAGUUCAAAUUCGAUGAUCAAAGACUCGAAAAAUAAAUCUAAAAUACGUGACAUGAAUUCUGUUAUAAAAUGUAAAGAAAACAAAAUCAAUGUUGACUUGGAUCAAGAUAUGGAGAAAGCAAAUAAUGAAUAUACGAAAGUAGAGAAAACAAUUCAAAUAGAAGCCAAACAGAAAGAUUUCAAAAAGUUAAUAAUAAAUAAAGAUGAAAAUAAUAAAAAACUUACGAGUGAACACGAAGAAAACAAUAAAGGCUUAUUUUCAGAAAAAACAAUAUCAAAGACCAUUGUCAGUAGACCAACACGAAUAGCUGUCCUUGUUAAUAGACCAAAUGAAUCAGUAGCAGUCAAUAACGAACCAGCUAUUGCUGUUAACAGCAAUCAAAUAUUAAAAGUAGCGGUGGUUGAAUCCACAUCAUCAAUGAUUUCGAACAUCGAUAGAAAAACUAUAAAGGUGGUACCUGAAGGAAGAAAAACGAUGCAAAUGACUAGUAGUGUUCCGUACCCAGCACACGUAAAUAGUGUAGGUAGGACAAUAUCAGUCAUUAGUAAAUUAACGGAGACUGCAGUGGGUGUUAUUAGGAAAGCCCCGAUAAUAGACCAAAAUCAGCAGCCUACAAUUAACUGUACACUAUCACCGAUUACAACGCCUUUUGAAAACUCAAAUAUUACAAUGACAAAGUCAAUAAAUCAAUCCCAGAGUAACAGCAAUGGUACCGAAAAUAUGAUACAAGGUAAUAAGGUUGUUACGACAAACCACCGCCGUCGAAUUAGCACACUUACACUUUCAAAGACAGUACGAAGACAUCGACGCUUAAAUCGUACUAUAUCGUUGGAAACUCGUGGACUAGCGGUUCCAACGUUCCGUGACCAUGGAUUUGCUCAAGGUACCAUUGAACUAGUUAUUCAUGAGCGGUUCGUGACAACUAUAAUGACCAUGUCGGCUGCACAUACUAUCGCGUCAUAUUUGCCUCCACGACUUCCACAAAUACCAUUCGACUAUGCUUCAAUUUAUCAAUAUAACUUAUUCAAUGACGUCCCUACGACAAAAGGUAAUAACAGUAACGUACACAACACAACUAAUAAUCAAGCUAUAAAGUCAGCCAAAAAUGUACCGGUUACAUUAUCCGGUGUCAUGGGUUGGUUAAAGAAAACUGUGAAGACCUCCUCAAACUUGGCAUGUGGUAACGGACAUGUUUGGAAUGGUUGCGCAAGGACAAAUGGUUCUACUCUAAUGACUUUAUCCAAAGUUGUCAAAGAAGCCAUAUCGCGUAAUAACGCUAUCCGAUCACGUGCUACAUCUUCGUCCCAUACGACUACGGGAGUGAAAACACCGACUACCAUAUCAACAAGAGCAUCGAGGUCGACAAAUAAGAAACCCAUACCUGUCAUAACAAAUUUGACAGGAAGGUCCAUGUCAGCCACGGUGCCCACUUCACCUACCUCUAAUAGUAAAAUUAAACAACAAAUAACUACCAAAAGAUCUAAUUCUCUGACUUCCACUGCAACACCGUUAUCAUUGAAAACUAUGGCCACAUGUAUCGUCUCUACUCCAUCGAUAAAAAAUGUGUCAUCGUCUUCAUUAGUAGAUGGGCUCCACAAUAGAUCCAAUUCAGUUAUGGUGAAAGCAAACGUUAAUGAGCAACAAAAACCACAGCCAACUAAAAGAUCAGCGUCAAUGGCAUUUUCAUCUGAAACACUCCUCACUUCUCAAACGACGACAGACGUUAUGGUCCCAAUACUGGAAAAGAAAGAAUCAACAAUAGUGUCCCCACCGAACAAGAGAUCUAAAUCAGCAGUUAUUAACCAAUCACCGACUUCAACAAAACCUGGUCGGUGUGAAGAGCGUAUUAGAUCUAUCAAACGAUCCGCAUCUGUAGCCGAAUAUGUCUCUCCUUCCAUAACUAAUAGUAUGUCGGACUUGUCACCUACAACAGUCAAACCUCCCAAGAGAUCCAAGUCGGUCGUGGUAAUUACACCUGUGACAGAGGCAACUUCUGCAUCUAGUGAUAAUCUCGAACGAUCAUUACCGGUCAAAAGAUCUGCGUCGAUGGCAUUGUCACCACCUACAAUUAGACAAACUACCAGAUCUUAUUCGACAGAUGUAACAUCAUCAUUAUCAUCCAAUAAAAACCCCAACAUAACUCUACCACAACCCAGAGUAUCAAGAACAAUACCUCCUUUAAUAGUAUCGGAAGCAACACCAAAUGAUACGAAAAAUAAUAUACUCACCAACUCAGUUAUUAAAACCAGUGAUGAAAAUAACACCAUCGUUGAGAAAACAACAACGAUCACAGAAGAAGAACAGCGUACUGUUACUGUAACGCGAACUCUGUGUCCUACCAUACCGGCACCGAUGGACGUGACAGCCGAUGCUUGCACUCUUGUAAAAGCUGCAUGUGAACAAUUCAUCAAAGCAAUGGUAAUGGAACGGCAUUUGAAGGCAGGUCGCGGUGCCGGCACACUUCAACUGCAUCGUCGAGACGCUUACGCCGCGGCUAUAGCGGCUGACGACGAUAUUCGACCAUUUCCAGAUUAUUGUCGAACACCUUCCAUCGUUAAAACUCCUGUUAAUCCAAUAAAACCGGCGCACGGUCCAGGAGAAAAUGAUGUAGAAAAGGACUCGGUAUUCGAACAGAAUUCUAUCGCUACUGAUAGUAGAUGUAAUGCCAAAUCAAUUGUUAUUACAACAGACAAGCCGGAUAACAAUCAUGAAAGGCGAUCUGUAUCAAAACAACAAUCAAUUAUUGUCGACAGCAAAUCAAAUAAUAAAUUAUCUGUGUUGACAGUAAAAACGGUUAUCGAAACACAGACUACUUCUACAACUACGAGUACGAUCAAUAAAAUGCAAUGUCCAACGUCCAUUACUACCAUUUAUCCAAAAAAAACCAUCGAAGGUACUUCGGCUAGAACAAGAGGCGUAGUAGUAUUGAAAAAGAUGAGGAGUUCUGAGCUUACUCCAAAAACAACGAUUCCAUCGACCACCGAACAAUCGACCAGCGCUCAGUUGUCUUCGGAUUCAACAGCUGCUGAAAUACGGGCGAAGAGCUCUCUGCCAGUGCCUGAAACGACCACAAAAUCUCCGCCUGCCGUCGAGAAUGUCACGGAAGUCGUCACCGAUACGUUACUUGAUUCGACACCCGAGCUGCUGCCCGAAGCUACAUUGACUUUCAAAACUUCUACGUCGACUCGCGGGUUUUUCGUGGAACGUGGUAGACCUUUGUUGCGGCCCGCUUUCAACCGACGUCAGCCGUUCGGCACGCUGGUAGCUACCUGUACCAUGGCGUCCGUGGAUACAGCCGCCGUCAACAAAACGUACUUUUCAAAUGACCACGGCCAAGAUUUGGACACCAAAGCCAAUUUGUCAAAUAACGAUCCCUUUACCGAAGCUUGGGGCUGUUAUUUUGGAAAUCAACUAAUGUUACCGCCCGCCAGCAGGUUGAACAAUUUCUUGAAUAUCGGAUACAGAUCGGUGGUGCCGUCGUUCGAAAAUCAAGAUAGUAUAGACUGUGACAACGACGCCGUCGACACCGGCCACCUAUUACCGCUCGAUAGUACGCUCACAAAAUCGCCUCAUGAUAUCAUGGAGAUAAAUGAUAACAGUGAUCAAGAUCAGAUGUUGUUGGCAAACAGUCGACAGCAACUGAUGUUCAUAGAGAUCGCUCGCCAUCAACAGUACAUGAAGCGGCUGGAGCAGGAGAUGAAACAACGUGUCCAAGAAUACCAAAACCAAGAGCCCGAACCUCAGGAAAUAUACUACCAAAAGUUCAUGAAACUGCAGUUCGGCAAAAAAAAUACGUCACCGGAACAGUCAUUAUUGCGGCUCACUCCAAACAGCCACAGUCGCCACAGUUUAAUGAGUUGGUAAAAUUAGGGUGCUCAUGAAGCAGCUUUGAUAAGAUUCUUUUCUUCCAUAUGGCAAUAGUAGGAAUCCGUAUAAAAUUGUUUUACUUAUACUAUGCGCUUUAAACUACCUUUUUUCAUUCCAUUGUGUACUGUUUUUUAUGCAGGUGCUAUAAUUGAAUAUUUUUCCCUUUAUAUAAAAAAAAAUAUAUGUAAAACAAUAUUCGGUAUAGCAUUACUCCUUAUACACUGACAUUAUAAUGUUUCUUUUAAUAACUAAUGAUAAGAUUAUUUACUGCCUUUGAUUCAAAAAUCAUAAAUAUUCUAAUUUUUAAACUGUUAAAUUAUCAAUAAUAUUUUUAUUUUAUUUUUUAUUAUUUAAUUUUAAAAUUAUUCAUUGUCUUUUCGACUUUUAAAAAAUAUAUAUAUAUUACAUUUAAAUGUGUACUUCUAAUAUCCUAUGACUCUAAUGUAUUAAAAAAAUAUUUGAAUAAAAUUAUAUUUUUAUAAUUACUAUAAA